AUGAAAUAUCGCCAGGAACACAAUAUACAACGUCCGGACAUGAUCAAUUUGCUAAUGGAAGCUAGAGGUAUGAUACCCACGGAGGUGCAGAAAACCCAUUUCCGUCAAUGGACUGAUAUGGAAGUUGUGGCUCAAUGUUUGGCCUUCCUCUUCGCCGGCUUCGAACCAUCUUCGGGUGUAAUGAGUUUUUCUGCCCAUGAGCUGAUGGAGAAUCCUCAGGUUCAAGAAAAACUCUAUGAAGAAAUUCAUGGAGUCGACGAAGAGUUACACGGUAAUCCGGUCACAUAUGAAUUGUUGCAAAAAAUGCCCUAUAUGGAAAUGGUUGUAUCGGAGGUGUUAAGAAAAUGGCCAGUGGCGGGAGUAACAGAUCGUAUAUGUAAUAAAGAUUUUGAAUAUGUGUCAAAGGACACUGGCGAACGUGUGGUCGUAAAGAAAGGUGAAAAGGUGCGAAUUUCUAUGUGUGGCUUCCAACGGGAUCCAAACUAUUUUGAAAAUCCCAAUGUCUUUGAUCCGGAACGUUUUAGUGCGGAAAAUAAAAUGAAAAUAGAUCAUGGUACUUAUUUGCCAUUUGGUGUGGGUCCACGUAAUUGUAUUGGCACUCGUUUUGCCUUAUUGGAGGUUAAGGUGUUCCUUUACUAUUUGUUGCGUGAUUAUCAGCUGGAGCCAUGUGCCAAGAGUUGUAUACCGUUGGUCUUAGAUCCUACAAAAAUGCAAUUGUUACCCAAAGGUGGUUUUUGGUUGAAACUGAAACCAAGGAAAGGUUAA